UCAUGUCAAUGGGAACACAGUUCAUGCACUGAACUCUCAUCUAAUGAAAUGAUGAUCUGAAUCAGUGUUAAAUAAGAGAGCAGCUGGAACUGAGUGCACAGUGUUAAUCUGAAAUCUACUAAAAUUUUAGCAUUGCUGCAAAACAGAAACCAAUCUAGCACAGUCUUACUUAACCAGGAGUAUUUUUAGUGUGUGUGGGUAAUUAGUUAGUGUAGCCCGGGCCUGGAGCUGGGCGUUAUCCUGUACAGAUUUACAGAAGCAUUGCUAAUCUUAUUAAGAGCGGCCAUGACAGAUGCACUGAUUCAGUCUUAUGCUACCUGCGAGAGCGCCGAUCUGAGAAUCGCUGGCCAUUCAUGUUGUUGGACUACUGCUGCCGGUGCUGUGGGACCACGCUGAUCAGACGCCAUGGACAACACCUGCCCAUCAACAGCAAGCCCCAUGACACCUGGGCUGUUCUUCAGAACCUGUUGAUGUGUAUGCUGUGCUUCUACUCGCUCUACUAUAUCGUGGUCAGUCUCUGCAUCGGCAUCCUCAGGGUGGAGGAGGUGGACAGCUUGUUAGCACCCUUUGACUACACCACUCAACCAUCAUGGCAAAGCCCCAAAUAUUUAGUGAGUGUGAUCUCCACAGAGGUGACGUAUGUUCUGGGCGGUCUGAUAUUCGCGUGGAUCGUGGAGGAGUGUGUGUGGGACUACGCCAUCACUGUCACACUGUUGCACAUCGCUUUGACCAUAGCAGUUAUGGCUGAUUUUCCCUCGACAGAGCAUUGGUGGAUUGCUCUUGGCUCAGGGUUGUUGAUGAUGAUCUUUGGCGGCCAGCUCCUGGCUUACAGACUCUUCAGAAGUAAUUUUGUGCAUCCUGCAGAUCUGCAGAAUUUCUGACACACGCUGUGGAACAUCUACAAGGACGAAUUUUCUCAGUUUUUUAUUUCUUUUUUACAUCAUAAGUAGUUUGUAAAGGUUUUGUUAUUCCUAAACAAUAUUUUGUCUGUUCGUGCUGAUGAAGUAAUUCCAGUAAAUCAGUUUAUUUUGGUGGCCUUUUGUGACAUCAUACGGUAAAAAUCUCACAAUAGUCCAGUGGAUUUUGACUCGGAUGCAAAAAUGAUUGUCUGUGAUUACAUGCAAGUUUACAUUUGC